CGACAUGAACCCCGAAGUGGAUUGCGGACUUCCCGGAAGCAGCGGCAACGGAAAGUUGCGCCAGUGGCUCAUUGAGCAGGUGGAUUGCGGCAAAUACGCCGGCUUGGUGUGGGAAAACGAUGAGAAAAGCAUUUUCCGGAUCCCGUGGAAGCACGCCGGCAAGCAGGACUACAACCGCGACGAGGAUGCCGCGCUCUUCAAGGCCUGGGCGCUGUUUAAAGGCAAGUAUCGCGAGGGGGUGGAUAAGCCCGACCCGCCCACCUGGAAGACACGCCUCCGCUGCGCCCUCAACAAGAGCAACGAUUUUGAGGAACUGGUGGAGCGCAGCCAGCUGGACAUUUCGGACCCCUACAAAGUCUACCACAUCAUUCCCGAGGGCGCCAAGAAAAGUGAGCGGCACCAUUUCUGUCAGCAAACGGCCGGGCCCAGAGAAGAGGGCAGCCCUCUGAGUCCCGUCAGCUACUCUGCGAAUUCGGCUUACCCUUCCCUUCAAACUCAGACGCCGCAGUACCUUCCCUCGGUAGAAUGUGGCUGGAGGGACUUCGGUCAGGAUCACGCCCCUUUGCCAGAGCUGCCCUUCACUCAGUGCCCAUAUCCCCCCCGCAGCCUGCCCUGGCAGGGCCCAUCUGCGGAUAACGGUUACCAGCUUCGAGCCUCAAUUUACUCCUACGGUCCUGCUGACACUCAGCCCUCGCCAUUCAAUCUGGACAGCAGCAUCAGAUCAGCAGAGGCUCUCCGAGACGCCCGCCUGCACGUGUCAGUCUAUUUGCGGGACACUCUGGUGAGGGAGGUGACGACCUUCAGCCCCGAAGGCUGCCACAUCACUCCAGCCUCCCCGGAGGACAAGCACUACUUAUCCUCGGGAGGCCGCGAUGUGGUCCUGCUGCCCGCGGACCCCUUCUCGGGCCAGAGGGGGGCAGAGGAGCGGCCCGCGAGCCCCUGCGCAUCCUUGGAGGGCGGGGUGCUGUGCUGGAUGGCCCCCGACGGACUCUACGCUCAGCGACUGUGUGAGGGCCGGGUGUACUGGCAGGCCAGACUCAGCCCUUACGGGGACAAGCCCAAAAAGCUGGAGCGAGCGGUCACCUGCAAACUACUCCACACGCAGGACUACCUCACAGAGAUGCAGACUUACGGGUUCCACGGUCGGCCGCUGGCCGCUCGCUUCCAGGUUCUUCUGAGUUUCGGAGAGGAGUGCCUCGACUCCCCGAGAGCGGGCCUCACCGUGCAGGUGGAGCCUUUGUUUGCCAGGCAGGUCCUGUACUACGCCCAGCAGACAGGCGGUGGCCAUUUGUACCGCGGCUACGAGCACGCCGGGCUCCCGGAGCACAUCGGCCUCGCCGAGGACUAUCACAGGGCCCUCACGCAACAUCACAGCCUGCAGGAGUGACCCGAGCACUCGCCCGAGCAGCUUCGCACUCCCGCCGACAAAGCGGCCCAUUCUCAGGACGGGCUUUGUUUGUUCCUACGUGGAAACGGAUGUCAAAGUCAUCAACAUUUUAGUGUCUUCAGUGCAAGCAAAACGGCAUAACGUCAACUUGACACUUUUGUCGAGGCCCUCAAACAAACUCAUUUUAAAAUUAAGUUUGUUUGCCGAAGGCAUCGUUCGGUGCGCAAAUGCAAGCUCGUGCGCUAUCGUUGAAAAACUCGAGGAAUGUUUGGCUUCUGCGGCGGGGUGGAGUCGUGGUUAGUGUGCCUGCCUCGCAGUCCAGAGGAUCUGGGUUCAAAAUCACAGCUCAAAACUUUCCUGUGUGGAGUUGGCAUGUUCUCGAAAUCACACAGGAGUUGGAAUCGCUGUCGAUGUGCCCAGCGCGAGUUACCCGCCUCUUUGAAUUGAUGAAUGUCCGAAUUGGUAUAUUUUAUGAACGUACAAUAAGCCGAUCCAUCGAUGCCAACGUCGAUUUUCGAUGCACACUGACCAUCAUGAGCUUGCUCAACAAACAUACUGCCAUCCAAAACGUGACUGCUUUUCUUUAGAAUUUUUUUUUCAAAUUCUUUUGAAAGGAUUACUAACUUUUGCAGUGUUUUCAUUGUCUUUUUUUUUUUUUUUUUAAAGCAAGAUAUACUGACAUUGAAUCGUGUGCUCGUUGGACCCAAUUCAGUCCACCUAUCAAUAUGUAGUUGAGGAAUAUAUGAUUGUCUAUAUUUUCUGACUGCAAUGGAAUGUUCGGCUCCUCUGCAGUUGCGCAGCAAUAAAACGAGACAUUUAAAUUUGGGUCUUUGUAAACGCAGUAGAAAAAAAUGUAACGUGAUGU